AGUGGCCUUCCUUCAGGGAGACUGCGCAGUGGUUCUUCGUCGUCGGCCGGGAGGGAGCGUGGCUCUGCACUUUGUGGCAGGGAGUCGGCCAGAAGGACCGGGUCCCUCUCGGUGUUGCCGCCGCCGCCAUGAGCCGAAGCUAUAAUGACGAGCUCCAGUACCUGGACAAAAUUGACAAGAACUGCUGGCGGAUCAAGAAGGGCUUCGUCCCCAACAUGAACGUGGAGGGGGUAUUCUACGUGAAUGAUCCCUUGGAGAAGUUAAUGUUUGAAGAGUUAAGGAAUGCAUGCCGAGGUGGAGGCGUUGGUGGCUUUUUACCAGCCAUGAAGCAAAUUGGAAAUGUUGCUGCACUUCCUGGAAUUAUCCAUAGAUCUAUAGGUCUUCCUGAUGUCCAUUCUGGCUAUGGGUUUGCCAUUGGUAACAUGGCUGCUUUUGACAUGAGUGACCCUGAAGCAGUGGUUUCACCAGGUGGUGUAGGAUUUGAUAUCAACUGUGGUGUACGGUUGCUCCGUACCAACCUUGAUGAGAGUGAUGUCCAGCCAGUGAAAGAGCAGCUUGCUCAGUCCAUGUUUGACCACAUUCCUGUUGGUGUGGGAUCCAAGGGUGUCAUCCCCAUGAAUGCCAAGGACUUGGAAGAGGCUCUGGAAAUGGGGGUAGACUGGUCCCUGCGAGAAGGCUAUGCCUGGGCUGAGGAUAAAGAACACUGUGAGGAAUAUGGGAGGAUGCUGCAAGCCGAUCCAAAUAAAGUCUCCGCAAGGGCAAAGAAAAGGGGGUUGCCUCAGCUGGGGACUUUGGGAGCAGGAAACCAUUAUGCUGAGAUCCAGGUUGUUGAUGAUAUUUAUAAUGAGUAUGCUGCCCGGAAAAUGGGCAUAGAUCAUAAAGGGCAAGUGUGUGUGAUGAUCCACAGCGGUAGCAGAGGCCUUGGCCACCAAGUAGCAACAGAUGCCCUGGUGGCUAUGGAGAAAGCCAUGAAACGGGAUAAGAUCAUUGUAAAUGAUCGCCAGCUGGCAUGUGCCAGGAUUGCUUCUCAGGAGGGUCAAGAUUACUUGAAAGGGAUGGCGGCAGCUGGAAACUAUGCAUGGGUCAAUCGUUCCUCCAUGACUUUCCUCACAAGACAGGCAUUUGCCAAAGUCUACAACACUACCCCUGAUGAUCUGGAUAUGCAUGUGAUCUAUGAUGUGUCUCACAACAUCGCCAAAGUGGAACAGCAUGUGGUAGACGGAAAAGAACGGACUUUGCUUGUGCAUCGGAAAGGAUCAACCCGAGCUUUCCCUCCUCACCACCCCCUCAUUGCUGUUGAUUACCAACUAACUGGACAACCAGUAUUGAUUGGAGGAACAAUGGGGACUUGCAGUUAUGUCCUUACUGGCACAGAGCAAGGCAUGAGUGAAACAUUUGGAACUACAUGUCAUGGAGCAGGCCGUGCGUUGUCCCGUGCUAAAUCUCGUCGCAACUUGGAUUUCCAGGAUGUAUUGGACAAAUUGGCAGACAUGGGGAUUGCAAUCCGUGUUGCUUCCCCUAAACUGGUCAUGGAAGAAGCACCUGAAUCUUACAAGAAUGUGACAGAUGUGGUUAACACCUGCCAUGCAGCUGGCAUCAGCAAGAAAGCAAUUAAAUUGAGACCCAUUGCAGUAAUCAAAGGCUAGCAAAACCUUUAACUAAAAUUGGCCAGCACGGUCCUUGCCCAAGACUUCCUCUGACCCAGAGUGCUUGGUGACCUUGUUUCUAAUCUAUAUGGAGAAUGCAGACUGGCAAACUCUUUCUUGGAAAGAAGAAGAAGAAAAAAACACUUCUGUUUUUGGUAGGAAAGAUAAGCCAAGAUAUACUGACUUCCUGAUUUCACACACACUUCUGAAUAUGGAUUUGUUUCUGCUAUCAGGAAUCUAAUUGCAUCCCAGUGGACUGCUCUCUCUCCUCUCCACAGUUAGUUUCUGACUAACUUUAAUUAGAUAGCCAUCAGUCUGCAAGAAGGCUUAGGGUGAUGUGGAUCAAAUACAGAUGAUUCAGUUCAGAGAAGUUCUUAAUUGGUUGUCUUUGGUUUCAACUGUUUUGACUGAGGAUAUAAUAGGAAUAUAUGAUUUUGUGCACGUCUUAUGCUCUGUGGUAGAAGCUUCAGUUUCCAUGUUUUGUUCUCUCAAAGUGAAUACUUAAAGAGAAAAGCAAGACCUACUAUGUUCGCCUCAAGAAGUUGAAAAAUGUUCUGCUCCUUGUAGCUAAUGUUCGUAGGCAUAUGCUCAAUAUGCAUGAGCAGAUGUUCUAGGACAAAAAAUAAUGCCAAAGGACUUCAGAAGGCAUUAGAGUCCACUGGAAGUUCUCCUCAAAGGGCUGGUUAUAGCAAUGUCAAGAGCCCUGGUGCUCUUCUCUUUAUUUUGCAUUAAAGUACACAGCACCUGAAAAGGAUUAGGCCCUCUGGGGCAGAGGUUUUGAAGUUUCCAAAUAAAAUGACAGAUGCAAGAAAA